CUAAAACUCUUGUCAUUUUGUAUAAUAAGUUAAUAACUUCAUUUCUAAAGUUAUAUUAUGAAUAUCACCAAACAAAACAUUCUUUUGUUCAUCAACACUUUUAAAAGUUCAUAAAAUUAGAUCUUGAAGUGUAAUGCGAAGGGGACAAAGACAAGCUGUCGUGAUCUUGAAAGAUCAUAAAAGAUCGUCUAGUAACAUGAAAUAUGGGGUUGCUUGGAGUAGAAAAAAUAUAAUAUUUCAACUUAAUUAACUAAUUAAGCAGAUGGGUAUAAAGUAUAAACAAGUACAUAUGCUUCAGAUUUGCAGUAUGGGUAAAAGGUGAAGAUAUAGACACCCACAGCCUUUUAAUUUCCCUUUCCUUUUCAAGUGAACAGGUACGCCUAUCUCUUUGUUAACUUCUUUAAUUCCAUUUGAUUUACCUCUUUCUGUAGUUAUUCCAUCAUAAAGAUUCUAUAUGGGUUUGGUGUAGAUAUAGAAGUCAAUAAAUGAUAUUUUUUCCAACUAAAUCUGUCAAGAAAUUGAUUGAUUCAAAUAAAUAAGAUUUUAAACUCUUGAGCGAAUCCCCACUUCAAGAACGAGGUUCUAAUGGAGCUGUAUGUUUGUCUAUACGCUCAAGUCGAAGACUUUUUAAUGUUCUUGAAAUCAACUCUUCUACAAUUAGAAAUGCCAAAAUUAGGGUUUAUGAUUCUGUUGAUAUCGUUCUUGUUAUUGGCAUUGCAUACUGUGAUAUCAAAUCUCAAGAUCUUUAAACCUGUUAUCCUAUGUAGAAGCAGUUCUAUCCUUUCCCAUAAAUUAGUCAAAUCUCAAAUAAUGCUUCAUCAAAUUCGUAUUCUUUCUGAAAGAAAUUUUAGCAAAAUGGAAGAGGAUUUGGAUACUCAAUGGAAACCAUUGAUAGAAGAGUUCACAUUCACAAAAAACUCGGCUCCUUUUAAUAGCUGUCAUGCUUCUACAAUAGUUGAGGUUAAUAAAGACUGUUAUUUAGUAGCCUACUUUGGGGGUUCAUAUGAAGGGGCACCCGAUGUCAAGAUUUGGUUACAAACACACAAGGAUGGUUAUUGGCAUGCCCCUGUUAUUGCUGAUGAGCAAGAAGAUGUUCCAAUGUGGAAUCCUGUAUUAUUUAAGCUUCCUUCCAAUGAGUUACUUCUCUUUUAUAAAAUCGGGCAGGAGGUUCAAAAAUGGAGUGGAUGCAUGAAAAGGUCAUAUGAUAGUGGUGUAACUUGGAGUGAAAGAGAACAACUUCCUCCUGGUAUCCUAGGACCAAUAAAGAACAAGCCUUUGUUACUUGAAAAUGGGAAGUUGCUAUGUGGUUCAUCUGUUGAAAGUUGGAACUCGUGGGGUGCUUGGGUGGAGAUGACUUCAGAUUCAGGAAGAUCAUGGAAAAAACAUGGGCCAAUUUAUAUUCAAAACGAGUCACUUAGUGUAAUCCAACCGGUUCCUUACAAAACCACAAAAGGCAAUCUUCGUGUUUUAUUAAGAUCAUUUGAAGGAAUUGGUCGAGUUUGUAUGUCUGAAUCACUUGAUGGAGGUGAAAACUGGAGUUUUGUUGUUCCAACUGAGUUACCAAAUCCAAAUUCAGGGAUUGAUGGUGUGAAGCUAAGUGAUGGAAGGGUUUUGCUUGCUUAUAAUACGGUUUCCAGAGGGGUGUUGAAAGUGGCGGUUUCCGGCGAUGAUGGUGAUUCCUGGCGGGAGGUUGUGACAUUGGAGGAAACCGAUGGAAUGGAAUUCUCAUAUCCAGCUGUAAUUGAAGCAAGUGAUGGAUGUGUUCAUAUCACAUAUACAUAUAAUCGUACACAAAUCAAGCAUGUUGUUCUUCAACCAAAUUUAAAGUUGAUGUAA